ACUGAAAUGCCACGCCCGAGGUAAUUAAACCUUCGAUUUUAUUUGUGGUGAAACGUUUCACUUUUUUUGACGAGCGGUUUCUUCUCGUGUCAUCAUGUCGACGACUAGUUAGUGCUCUGACUCAGUACUCCUCUUGUGUUUUUUUUCUAUCAGUUAAAACACUCGUCGCGAACUCCUACGUGUCUGCCACCCCCAUAUCCUCUGGUUACUCUCGUUUUUUCGAGGUAAUAACUACCAUUUACCAUAUCCGCGUUAACUCGGCUGCCGCGCGGGGUCGCGCUCUCUCUUUCUCUCUCUCGAGCCCACACACACGCACACUCAAUCUCUCUCUUUCUCUCUCUCUUUCUCUCUCUCUGGCGCGCGCGCACACGCCACAGUUCCCGCCCCUCACGCGACGUCCUCGCGACUCAGCGCUCCGCCUGCCGAGGCUCGAGCCCCGUCGCGUCCCUCAGUCCACCCCCCGCGCGAUCAUGGCGGACAGCGCGAGCGAGAGUGACACGGACGGAGCCGGGAGCAGCGCGGCCGUCCCGCAGUGCUCCUCCUCCUCCUCCUCCGCCGCGGCGGCCGCAGCAGCGGCGACGGGCUCCGGCAAGCCGGGCAUCGUCAUCUCGCCGUUCCGCCUGGAGGAGCUGACGAACCGGCUGGCCUCGCUGCAGCAGGAGAACAAGGUCCUGAAGAUCGAGCUGGAGACGUUCAAGCUGAAAUGCAAAGCGCUGCAAGAAGAGAACCGGGAUCUGCGCAAAGCCAGCGUCACCAUACAAGCGAGAGCAGAACAAGAGGAGGAAUUCAUCAGUAACACACUCUUUAAGAAGAUCCAAGCGCUGCAGAAAGAGAAGGAGACCCUUGCAGUCAACUAUGAAAAGGAGGAGGAAUUCCUCACCAACGAACUCUCACGGAAGCUUAUGCAAUUACAGCACGAGAAGGCAGAGCUGGAGCAGCACCUGGAACAGGAGCAGGAGUUCCAGGUGAACAAACUUAUGAAGAAGAUAAAGAAGCUGGAGAAUGACACCAUCUCCAAGCAGCUCACCCUCGAACAGCUCCGGCGCGAGAAGAUCGACCUGGAAAACACCUUGGAGCAGGAACAGGAAGCUCUCGUUAACCGUCUCUGGAAACGGAUGGACAAACUGGAAGCGGAGAAAAGGAUCCUGCAGGAGAAACUGGAGCAGCCUGUGUCCGCGCCGCCCUCCCCCAGGGACAUAUCCAUGGAGAUUGACUCCCCCGAGAACAUGAUGCGCCACAUUCGCUUCUUAAAGAAUGAGGUCGAGAGGCUGAAGAAGAACCUCAGGACUGCUGAGCUGCAGCACACAGAGAAGCGGGCCCAGUACAUCGAGGAGGAGCGCCACAUGCGAGAGGAGAAUAUCCGCCUGCAGAGGAAACUGCAGCGGGAGAUGGAACGGAGGGAGGCGCUCUGCCGCCAGCUAUCUGAGAGCGAGUCCAGCCUGGAGAUGGAUGAUGAGAGAUAUUUCAAUGAGAUGUCUGCCCAAGGCCUUCGUCCACGAACAGUUUCAAGCCCAAUCCCUUACACACCCUCCCCAAGUUCAAGCCGGCCCAUCUCGCCUGGACUGUCAUAUGCAAGUCACACAGUAGGCUUUACUCCCCCCACCACCCUGACCAGAGCAGGCAUGUCCUAUUACAAUACUCCAGGCCUUCAUGUCCACGUGGGCUCGUCGCACGGGAUCGCAAGGCCAUCUCCAAGAAGAAGCAACAGUCCCGACAAGUUCAAACGUCCAACGCCGCCACCUUCCCCGAACACGCAGCCUGGCAUCAGCGCUCAGCCUCCCCUUCCUCCACCACCUCUGGCGCAGCCCAUGUCAGUGCAGCCCUCUGUGUCGCCGGCUGCUGCCGCCGCCACCCCCCUGCCGCAUCCAGUUCAUCCAUCCACACAGCCGUAGUGCAUGAGCUCUGCAGCUUCUACCAGCGUGGACUUGGGCAGGGCAAAGUUACUGAAGAAGCCAAAGGCUUACCUUAACAACUUUGGAGCUGACUUGACUUGCACUGAGAUUAUAUAGGCUUCACUGUUAACUGUGUUGUAAAUGUUUGUUUAGAAUGCAGCCGGUGUUGUGGGACUGCGACACUAACCCUAACAAUAUGUUCUUGUCAGUGCUUACUGGAACUGUGCGUUUUUUGGGUUUUUUUUCCCCUCUCUCCUUGGUCUGAAGCAUUUGCCGCUCGGGUCUGCAGUAUGGCAUUGCAGUGAACAAUAGUCACAGUGCUGUGUUUUUCGAAUGCGUGCAGGUUUGAUGAAAGGGAGCCCAUAUCGCAAUAUUCAGUAUGGGGGGAAAAAAAAAAGCAGUGUAUCGAAUGCCUCCACACUUAUUUUCCAUAGCACUGUUUCAUUAGCACUAUACUUUAUGGCACAAUGAAAGGAAUAAUGGUACAAAUGCCACUGACACCAAGGGCCGAGCUCAGAUGAUUCCAAAGUAAAACCUGUUACCUUUCCAGGUAUAAAUUUACAGUCUCUGAUAUUGCGACUUUUCUGUUGGAAAAUGCACACCCACCCUGUAAGUAUACGUAUAUAAAGACUGCUCCAGUUGGAAGGUUCUGAAGGUUUCAUUGUCCGUACUUCUCAUUUUUUAGUUAUUGUUGUGACUUAACAUGAAAAAGCAUGAAAAAAAUUGUGUAAUGGUGAAAAUGAACAAUCUUCCAGUUUUUGCAGACUAAAGGAUGUUGGUGGGGUGUUUUUUUUUUUUUUUUUUUGGUGAUUGGA